AGUGAAUAAAAUAAGAUCAAGAGUGAACAGACAGAAAACAAAUGAAAUAAGUUGGUGUCUGAUAUUUACUCGUCCAACGAUUUUGCCAUCUCUCUGUCGCUCUCAUAUGCUUCAAUUGUUGAAGCCUCAAGCCAGUAGAGGGCAAAGGCAAACGCAGAGCCCAAACGUAAGUCGAAAAUGGAGAGCAGCGAAGAAGACGACGACUUCCCAUCAAUUGAGAGCAUCACUCCCCAGUCUAAAGUUGACUCUCUUUACCAAUCCCACACUGAAAAGGGAAUUAGAAAGCUAUGUUGUGAGCUGUUAGAUUUAAAGGAUGCAGUGGAGAACUUAUGUGGAAAUAUGCGAUCAAAGUACUUGGCUUUUUUGAGAAUAUCUGAAGAGGCUGUAGAAAUGGAACAUGAGUUGGUUGAGCUCCGAAAGCAUAUUUCAGCUCAAGGGAUUCUUGUGCAGGAUUUGAUGACUGGUGUAUGCCAUCAAUUGGAAGAAUGGAAUCAAUCUACUACUGAAGUCCAGCCAGACCCUGAGAUUGGUGAACUUCAGGAUCCCUUGCCAAUUGAGACAGAUGAUCACAAGAUAGUUUUGGAGAAAAUUGAUGUUCUCUUAGCUGAGCAUAAAGUAGAAGAAGCAUUAGAGGCUUUAGAUUCUGAAGAGAGAAACUCUCCAGAACUGAAAAGCUCUGGAGAUACUUCAUCAACUGAAGGAUCCUCAUACAGAUCUGCUUUCUUGAAAAGAAAAGCAGUGCUUGAAGGUCAGCUAGUUGAGGUUACUGGACAACCUUUUGUUAGUUUUCCUGAGUUGAAGAAGGCCUUAAGUGGGUUAAUAAAGAUUGGAAAAGGUCCUUUGGCACAUCAGUUACUGCUGAAAUUUUAUGGGUCCCGUCUUGAGAAGAGCAUUGAAGCUCUUUCUCCUUCUUGUUCUGUCUGUCCAAAGACAUAUCCAGCAACUUUGUCUAAGCUCGUAUUUUCUGCAAUCUCACUUGCAACGAUGAAGUCUGGUUCAAUAUUUGGUGAUAAUCCUGUUUAUACAAACAGAGUUGUUCAGUGGGCAGAGUGGGAAAUUGAAUACUUUGUACGGUUAGUGAAAGAGAAUGCACCAUCUUCUGGUACAGUUUCUGCCUUACGUGCAGCUAGCGUUUGUGUUCAGGCUAGUCUCAAUUACUCUUUGAUGCUGGAACGGCAAGGCCUGAAACUGUCAAAAUUGAUUUUGGUGCUGUUGUGGCCUUUCAUUGAAGAAGUUUUAGAAUUGAACUUUAGACGGGCCAGAAAACUUGUCCUUGAUUUGGUAGAAGCUGAUGAGUGCAUGUCAUUUUCACCUCGCUUUGCAGCUCCAUUGUCUGCAUUCACAAUAUCAUCAGAUCGUAUGCUCGCUGAUAGUGGGAUAAGAUUUAUGUGCAUUGUUGAAGAUAUAUUGGAACAGUUGACCCCUUUGACCAUUUUGCAUUUUGGGGGAAACAUAUUGAGUAGGAUCAGUCAACUUUUUGAUAAAUACAUGGAUGCUUUAAUUAAAGCCCUACCAGGACCAUCUGAUGAUGACAAUCUGACAGAGCUGAAGGAGUUUGUAUCCUUUAGAGCUGAAACAGAUUCAGAACAGCUUGCCAUUUUGGGAGUUGCUUUUACCAUUUUGGAAGAACUACUGCCGAAUGCUGUAAUGAACCUUUGGAAGCAGCAGAGUGAAAGUGGGGAACCAAAAAGUGGAUCUGCUGAAAAUGUCACACCUAUUCCAAGCACUUCUACAGAGUUAAAGGAUUGGAGGCGCCAUCUUCAGCAUUCAUUUGACAAGCUACGAGACCAUUUUUGUCGGCAAUAUGUCUUGAGCUUCAUUUAUUCCAGAGAAGGAAAAACACGAUUGGAUGCACAAAUAUAUUUAAAUGGGGAUGGGGACGAUCUCUAUGGGGGCUCUACCCCUUUGCCUUCCCUUCCAUUUCAGGCAUUAUUUGCGAAGCUGCAGCAAUUAGCAAUUGUGGCUGGAGAUGUGUUACUUGGAAAAGAUAAAAUACAGAAAAUUUUGCUUGCUAGGUUAACAGAGACAGUUGUAAUGUGGUUGUCUGAUGAACAAGAGUUUUGGGGUGUGUUCGAGGAUGAUACAGGCCCUCUUCAGCCACUUGGGUUACAGCAGUUAAUUCUUGAUAUGCACUUCACUGUUGAAAUUGCACGUUUUGCGGGUUACCCAUCAAGGCAUGUCCACCAGAUUGCAUCAGCCAUAAUUGCUCGUGCUAUCAGGGCCUUUUCUGCUAGAGGCAUAGAAGUGCAAAGUGCGCUCCCUGAGGAUGAAUGGUUUGUUGAAACUGCGAAGUCAGCAAUAAACAAACUACUUUUAGGAACAGAGGGGUCAGAGGUGUCAGAAAUUGAUGAAGAUAACAUCAUCCCUCAUGAUCACAUCGUGUUGGAUUCAGAUGAUUCCGUCUCUUCCCUCUCAUCUGUAGAGUCUACCGACUCUUUUGCUUCUGCAAGUAUGGGUGAACUUGAUAGUCCAAGGCAUUUCGAUGAUUCAGAGGGUUGAAAUUGUUUUUUCCUGGGCAUAAAAAGAAAAAGAAAAAAGACAGGGUUCGGUUUUGUAGUAGUAAGUAUGUUGACCACUAUUCUUGAACAAGUUGACAGGUUUUGGUGAAUUAGUGAUGCUUGUAGCAUUGUUAUAUGAAAGCAGGUUAAGCAGUUAUGUCUGAGGGUUAUAUUUACCAAAUAUUGCUUCCGCUGAGGAGAUUUUCUAGCCCACAGCAUUAUAAAA